AUGGGUGCUGAAGAACAUCAUACUAGUCGUACUAGCAGUAAUGGUAGUGGGUCCCAUAAGUCCCAUAAUCACCAUCGACACCACAGUCGCCGUGCUUUAUCAGAUGGGUCAAGGAUAGGUAACUAUCAGAUUGUCAAGACCUUAGGUGAAGGUUCAUUUGGUAAAGUUAAGUUGGCGUUUCAUGUGACUACUGGUCAGAAAGUAGCUUUGAAGAUUAUUAAUAGGAAGGUUUUGUCUAAAAGUGAUAUGCAAGGUAGAAUAGAAAGAGAAAUUGCAUAUCUUAGAUUGCUGAGACAUCCUCAUAUCAUUAGACUAUACGAUGUGAUCAAAUCCAAAGACGAGAUCAUUAUGAUUAUCGAGUAUGCUCACCAUGAGUUAUUUGAUUAUAUUGUUCAAAGGGAUAAGAUGAGUGAAAAUGAAGCUCGUAAAUUCUUUCAACAAAUCAUCAGUGCAGUAGACUAUUGUCAUAGACAUAUGAUUGUUCACAGAGAUUUAAAACCUGAAAAUUUGUUAUUAGAUGAGCAUUACAAUGUGAAGAUUACGGAUUUCGGUUUAUCUAACAUUAUGACUGAUGGUAAUUUCUUAAAGACUUCUUGUGGUUCUCCAAAUUAUGCUGCCCCCGAAGUUAUUAGCGGUAAACUUUAUGCAGGUCCUGAAGUUGACGUUUGGUCUUGUGGUGUUAUCCUGUACGUCAUGUUAUGUCGUCGUCUGCCUUUUGAUGACGAGAGCAUUCCAAUUCUAUUCAAGAAUAUCAGUAAUGGUAUUUAUACAUUGCCAAAUUUCUUAUCAGAUGGAGCAGCUAGUUUGAUUAAAAAAAUGUUGAUUGUAAACCCAAUUAACAGAAUUAGCAUUAGUGAAAUUAUGCAAGAUGAAUGGUUCAAAGUAGAUUUGCCUACCUAUUUGUUAUCUCAUGAAACCGCUAAACAAGAGGAUGAGCCAAAGAAAGAGUGUAAGAUUGACAAUGACGAACCUAUUGACGAUGAAGCAGUAACAAUUUUAUCUCAAACUAUGAAUUACGAAAAGGAAGAAAUUCAUGAGGCUCUUAAAUCUAAAUCAACUGAUAAUCCAAGUCAUAACGAAAUUAAAGAGGCGUAUUUGUUGAUCAAAGAAAACCAAAACUUGAUAAGAGAUUUACAAUGUGAUAAGACCAAGAGUAAUGAAUUGGAUACAUUUUUGGCACAAUCGCCACCUUCAUUUCAAAUGAUGAAUAAGAAAGAAAAACUGGAGAAAUCUAAUAAUCCACUAGGUUAUCCUGAUUCUCAAAGACCGAUCUAUAUUAGUUCUUCCAAACAUCGGUUCAUCAAAGAAGAUGACAAUCAGCAAAGGACCUAUUUACCUAGAACAUUUUCUGAUGAGGAAAAUACUCCUGACUCUACGGUUGCAAUUCUUCCAACUUCAUUGCCUCAAAUCCAUAGAGCAAAUGUCAUAUCACAAGGAUUGGUAUCGCCAUCAAAUGCCCCAAGUGCACCUUCUAAAAAAUCAAGAACCAAGUGGCAUUUUGGUAUAAGAUCAAGAUCGUAUCCAUUGGAUGUAAUGAGUGAAAUCUAUGCUGCAUUACAAACAUUAGGAGCAGAAUGGGCAAAACCUUCGGAAGAAGAAUUGUGGACUAUUAAGGUGAGAUGGAAGUAUGACUGUUGUUCUGUGACUAAUUUGGAACAUGUGCCUGAUGUAAUGAAGAUGAUUGUCCAACUUUUCCAAAUAGAAACUAAUAACUAUUUGGUAGAUUUUAAAUUUGAUGGUUGGGAAUACAGUGAUGGAUCUCUUCUACAACACAGCACUAUUUCCGAUGAAGAAAUGGGAGCCUAUUCGGCAUACCCAUUUUUACGUCUAGCGACAAGGUUGAUUAUGGAACUUGCCGUAAACAGCAGAGGCUGA